AUGGCGGACUCCGAUUCAUCACCGAAGAAAGUCGUCAAACCAAAGGCGCCAUCCCAACACCCAACCUUUCUAUCUAUGGCCGUGGAAGCCGUGACGACCCUAAAAGACGCCAAGGGCGUUUCUGUUCCCGCCAUUCGUAACUUUAUCACGGAGAAAUACAGAACUGUGGACCUGGGAACCUUGCGUUUCCGAUUGAAACAAGCACUUACCAAGGCACUGGAAAAAGAGACUUUAGUGAAAACAAAGGCAACAACAGAGAAACCCCUGUUAAUGAGUAGGUUUAAACUCAACAAAGAGAAACUGCUUGCUUUGGAGAAAGCCAAAGCUAAAAAAGAGAAAGCGAAGGAGAAGACCGAAAAAUCAACGAAGAAAGCCACAACAAAGAAGACAAAAUCUACAGAGAGUCCAAAAAAGAAAACAAAAACGACAAAGGCGAAUGUUUCUCCAAAGAAAGCUGUUAAGGUCAAGAAAGUCCCAAAGACUCCAGAGAAAAAGGUCAAACCAAAGGCAAAGGCUGUCGUAAAAUCUGCAGUAAAAAAGGCCAUAAAAACACCAAAGAAAACUACAAAGAAAUCUGCCAGUGGAAAAGUGAAAGGCAAAUAG